AUGCUCCGUGCGGAGAUCGCCACUCUUUUUUUUUUCUUCUCCGCCUUUGGCUUAUCAGUCUUCCAGAUCGAACACGCUGGGACAACUCCCCUCACAUCCUUCAAAAUGGCACCCAUACGAACCCGUGAUGCUGAAUCCACUCCAGCCAAGAGUGAGCCGUUCAAGAAGCGCAAGGGCUUCAGCGUCGGACCCGCCAACCUACCAGAUGGCACAUAUCGCCGCAAGACCCAAAAACUUAAGGAAGAUUUGAUCCACAAGGCCAAAGUGAAGAAGGCCUAUGCCAAGGUCAAAGCACAAGAAGAAGCCAAUGCGCCCAAGAGGUCCGUUUACGACACGGUCGAUGAAACCGAAGCAACCAAGGAUGAAACAGCCAAGGACAACGAAGCAGAAGACGCUACAACGCUGGAAUUACACCCUGAUCGUGUCGCCAUGCUGAAUGAGCCAGAGCCGGCCCCUGCACCCGCAAAACCAGAACGACGCCAGCGCGGCGACGGAAAACAGAGAGAGCGCCGGCAGAAGCCGUCUGCCUUCACCAAAGAGAUGGAAUUUGCAGAGAAGAGACGCAAGGCGGAAGAGAUUCGACAGAAGGACCGGGAAUCCAAGGUGAAGGAACGGGAGGCUCUGAUCCGCGCGAAGCGGCCGGAUCAGUUUGGCAAGAGGAGGUUGGGCAGAGAGAGCAAUGCGUUGCUCAGUCGCGUCCAGCGAAUGGUUGGUCAGAAAUAA